UAUUUCGUGAUAGCCCUGACGUAAUCAUUCGUAUAAACAGGUGCGAUGUAAACAAAUCAAUUUAUUUGAAAAUGCGUGUGUUUUAUUGCUAUAUCUCUUCAAUGAUAAACCCAAAUCUGGAAAACCAACAUCGCUUUUAUACACUAUUAUAAGGUUGUUCAAUUUAACCAGGAGCCAUUAUGCAGAAUUGUUAUGGGUCUGGGAGAGUUCCCAGAGAAGUUCAGGGCGACCAGGAAGAACGGUUGACAACCAAGCACAUUCAAACUCUGUCCUUCCUACAAGACAUUGCUAAUGAGAAUAAAGAAUUAAAAGUCAAAAUUGAUGACCUUGAGGCCAAGCUAGCUGGUUGCGCUGAGCUACACAGUUUAGCAGAGAAUAGUCAAGAGAGGAUAAAACAAAUUCAGGAGCAGUACAUGAACAGAUCUGAUGAGAUCAAUGCAAUGCUCACCGAAAAACAUAAAGCAGAGUAUAUGACUGUUGUUGAGGACAAAUUGGAGCUAGAAAGACAGCUAGAGCUGCAGACAGGAGAGUUGAGAAUUAAGUUGGAGACAAUGGUGCAAACUAAUAAGAUACUUCAAGAUCAGCUAGACCUAUAUAAGAAUGAUGAGGCCAAAAUGAAGGUGCUGAUCCUUAAAGUGGAGACACAAAAUGCAGAACUGGUGCAACUGAGAGAGGAAAAUGCACAACUGAAACUUGAAAAUGCUAACCAGGUGAAGGAAAUUGAGAAACUUCAAGGCCAGAUGCGAAAAUCAGGAUCUCUUGGGAACCAGCUAGCAGAAGCCCAGCAAAAGGGGAAAGAACUACAAAUCAAGCUAGAAACAGUACUUAAGGAGCUCAAAGAAUCACAAAAUUCACCUCAACAGGAUAAGGACCUUGUUGAUAAACUAAAAAACAAGCUUGGUAAACUUAACAAAGAACGAUCUGUAUUUGAAUCUAGAGAAAAAGAACACUUGGAACUGAUAGCACAGUUGAAAUUAGAACUUGAUACAGUGAAUGGUCGUAUGGAAAUCAUGAACAUGGAGAAAGAGGAAUUGAUUGAGGAAGUGAAGGCUUUAUCAAACGAGAUUGAAUUUCUGAAGAGACGAUCUAGUGUCGAUCAGGACAAGCAAGCAUUUAAGGAAUUUGUAAAAGUCAAAAGGGAGUUGAACUCUCUUAGGGCUGAAAAUUUUGAAUUGAAAGGAAAAUUGAAAAGUAGAGCUUCAUCAUUCCCAAGUUUAAAAUCAACCAGUGACACUAGAACUUUUAAAGGCUCUGUGAAAUAGAUAAUGGUGUAGCAUGUCACAUCAUUCUACAGUACUGUGAUUUUAUUCUCCAUCCAAAUUAUCAUCAGUAGCAGUUGGAAACAAACGAUUUGUGAUAUAGCCUGUUGUGGAUCAAAUUGGCUGAUUUGUAGAUCCAAGUUUUUUAUUUGGAGAGAUUCUAUUUUUCUAAAUGAAAUAUUAUAUUUUAUACAUUUAUUGCCAAAUGCACAUAAUAUGCACUUGGUGUGUCAUUUAUAGAAAGUAUUAAUAUGAUCAGGUUUUCUAGUCAUGGUUAAAAUACAUGUACAUGACAUACAAUUAUAUUAUGCACCAUUCAAAUGUUUGCCUGAGACCCACACACAGGGAGGGUCAUGAAUUUGACACACACAUCGACAGGUUGGGAUUUUGAAAUGCUUCAUCCCAGGUGAAGAGAAUUUUGAAAUCCAUCUUAAUGGUAAUCAGAAUUUUAACUAUA